CAGCUGCACUUUGGUUUAGUGCUAUUUAGCAAAUGUCAGUAUUCUAACAUGUUGUAUCUUUAAAAAGCAUAUAGAAGUGUGAUUGCUGGACAGCUUCACCCCUGUCUUGAUUCUAAGCAGGCUAUAAUGCACAUCUAAACACACAUUUUGCGUGGCAUGCCUCAGGAAGUGGUGAUGAAACAACAAAGGUAGAGAAAGCAGAAGUAUGUCUAGCACAGAACAGACUGUCAGACUGACACUGAACAUUACACCCAGACUGGCAUCCGUGAGCGGCAGCAGCAAUAGCAUGACAAGCAACUGCUCGUUCCAGGGGGUGGAAGACCUGAUGAGAUAUCUGGAGCUGACCAUCUACAUUCCCAUCUUCCUCGUUGGUCUGUUUCUCAACGUUGCAGCGCUUUUAGUGUUCUGCGUCUUCUUGCGGAAAUGGACCGAGUCAACUAUCCACAUGACCAGCUUGGCUCUGAUGGACCUGCUCCUCCUCUUCCCCCUUCCCUUCAAAAUGCACGCCAUCAACCACCUCUGGCGCGCUGACCUUCAACCUCUCUGCUCGGUUUUGGAAAGCCUGUAUUUUGUUGGGAUUUACGGCAGCAUCUACACCAUCAUGUGUAUAGCUGUGGACCGUUGGGUGGCUAUCUGUCACCCUUACAAGGCCAAAGUAUUGCGCUCACCCAAAUUGGCUCUGGGGACUAGCGUGGGGGUCUGGGUGCUGGUGCUGGCAGCCCUCUCCCCCACCGUCUAUCGCUUCAGGGAGGCCGGGCAGACGUCGGACUUCCACUGCUUCCACAGCUUUUCAACGAAAGGAUGGAGCCCUCUGGUGAUCAUCUGCCUGCAGGUGUUUGGGUUCCUGUUGCCUGCCCUGGUGGUGGUUUACUGCUCGGUUAAGACCAUCUGGGUGCUUCAGAAGUCGGGCAAGCACAGCCCCCAGAGCCGGGCCUGUGUGAAGAUCAUCUACAGCAGUCUAAGUGCCUUCCUGCUGCCCUUCACCCCCAGCCACCUCGGCAUCCUACUGCAGUUCCUGGUACACCAAGGAAUAAUUCAAGACUGCGGCAACAAGACAAGGAUCAGCCUGUUUUUACAGACAGCCAUGUGUCUGUCCAACGUCACCUGCUGCCUGGACGCUCUAUGCUACUACUUCAUCGCUCAUGAGGUGAGGAGCACCAAACACAGCUUCAGGAGAUCAAUGAUCAAUCAAAGAAGAGCCACCGUCAGCACUUCAGAGUUCUGACAGCAAUUUAAUUUAAAUGUGAAUAUUAGUUGUCAGAGGACGGCUGGUGGUGAAUAGGAAACCUGGCUUCAUGAGUGAUAGCCAAAAACAGGGGAGUGAAACUGAAAGAGAGCAUGUAUUGUUUUUAGUAGCUAAGUGUGUCAUGCACGAGUAACAGGUCAAAAUGCAAUCUCAAUUAGUGCUUGAGAGUAAGGGGGAAACGAUGGGAUGAUACAUUAGUUGGUCCAAUGACAGGAAGCACAAAGACGCCCGUAUAGCCUCAGAGAGCUCUGUGGGCGGCAAAAAUAUCCCCUUUCUUCUCAAAUGAUUUAUUGGCGGGCUUGUCAUCCAUCCUGCACACUUAGAAACUGAUGUGUGGUCUGAUGGAAAUAUAAAGCUGUCAAACAGGGCACCAGCUGCUCACCGCACAGCUCUGCAGUCUAUGAAGUCAAAAGGCGCUCUACUGCAGAUACACCAAUUUGGUUUAAUGGUCAAAACAGUCAGUAAAUGUGUUACUUCUUCAAACACAUAACUAAUUAUAAUAACAAUCAUCAUGAGGCUUUAUUUAUCCCUCAUAUAUGAAAUGCGGAACAACCUAAAAGUCAACUUUAUAAUAAGGUCAAUAAUUAAAAAGGAAGAUAGUGAAUAAAAAAAUGACUUACAUAUUGAUUUCAAAUAUUCCCUUACCUGGUAAAUGAAUAAAUCAACACAGCAACCAGUAGAGAUCUGAAAACACACAAAUGAAAUUAAUUAUUAUCAAUUUUUUAAAUAUAUUUUUUUAUUAUAUUUUUAUAAACUCAAACAUUUUUGUUUACUAUUUUAAUAAUUGUUUUUUUCUUAGUUUGGUCCCGUGAACAUUGUGAAUUUCAUGAAAAAUGACUUAUAAUCAAGUACCAAAAUCUAACAGUGAUUGAUGAGACAUCAAAUAUAGCAUCACAAUAUUCACCCCAUACAUUGUGGAUAUUCUUACGUGGUUAUUUUAUUUUAAAUGUAUCCAUCCUGUACAUUAUUAUAUAAAUAAUGCCUGAUGCUUAUUGACAAUGAAGUGUUCUGCUUGAAUGAUUUUAAAAUGUAUCUGUACAGUGAUUAUACUUAACAUAUUUUCAAUAACUGAUCCGAAUGAGGAAGUAAAUUGAAAGGUCUGGUUGAACGUUUUGGGAAAUCAAACUGACUGACAGGGUGAGUAAUCAACUUCCUCGCAACAAAUGCUAUUACAAAUAACAAAUGUAAUUUUAUUUUGAGUUCUUUGUUGGAAUUUUUUUACAAUGUAGCUUUAAAUGUGCAAUAUAAUUGACAUUGUUAAAAGUCCUGUGUGUACUAAGACUUUCAAUAAGAUUGUUUGAUAUUAAUAUGUUUAGUAGAGGAUAUUUGGUUUAUGUAAAUGUUGUCAAAGCUAAACUCAAAUGUAAAGUUGCACAUGCAUUACCUGCCGUACGCUCUGUCUUAUUUUGCUCAUGUUAUUGACUAUAACCAGUCGGCCAUGAUUGUAUUUACUUGCAUUACUUGUGUCUCUAUACUUUCAUUUUGCACAAGCGUACUGUGUUAAGUUUCAAUGUUAUUUGUUUGAGCUCAGUAAAAAUAAGUUGUUUUAAUUUCAGUUUUCCUUUGGAGUUUUCUUUUGAAAGUGAAAUUGUUUUUUCAUAAAGCUCUUAAGAUUUUU